AUGUGCGUAUUCCGCAACAACACGUCCGGUGACCGAGGUGGUGCUGUAUACGGUGGCAACGAUGUGCACUCGUACGCGAGUGUCUACCUUGACAACUACUCUGAAUUGCACGGGGGUGCUGUGUACAGUGUUCAGAAUGUGUCGGACGUAGAUGGCAUUUAUAUCAACAACUCCGCGUUAACACAG